AGCGGCGAUAUCACACGCCUCGAGGUCGACUGCAUCGUCAACGCAGCCAACAGCACCCUCCUGGGUGGCGGCGGUGUGGACGGGGCUAUCCAUCGUGCCGCUGGUCGCGAGCUGCUGGCCGAGUGCCGGACACUCAAGGGAUGUCCUGCAGGGCUGGCCAAGAUCACCAAGGGCUAUCGACUACCGGCCAAGCAUGUGAUCCACACUGUUGGCCCUAUGAACAAGUCCUCUUCGGUCCUCACGAGCUGCUACAAGACAUGUCUGCAGCUGGCCCAGCAGCAUGGGCUGCGAACGAUUGCCUUUCCUUGCAUCGCAACAGGCGUUUACGGAUAUCCCAACCAGGCAGCCGCCCGAGUGGCUCUCAACACCGCACGCAAGUGGCUCGAUGCCCACCCAGACUCGAUCGACCGCAUCAUCUUUUGUCUGUUCCUCGACAUAGACAUCAGCAUCUACAGCCAGCUGUGCGUGGAGUACUUUCCGCCGGCGGAU